GGAUAUCUUUUUAAGUCCUCUCUUCGUAGAGCAGGGUACGUCCCAGAAUAACAGCGAUGAACAAGAGAUCAGUUAACAUGCUGUUCAUUAUCUUCGUUCUCGUGCUCGUGGCUACUGUGCAUAGUUCUUCCAGUGCUUGUGCAAUGACAGAAAACGGUUGUUGUGACAUUCUGUCCGAGGAAAGCUGUAACCUCUUCCGAGAAGACAACAAGUGCAGUGCCCCUUCCUUCAGUCAUUACUGUCAGUACACAUGUGGAAGAUGCCAUGCUGAAUGGCGAAGAGUAACGAAAGAAAUGGUCCAAUCAACGUACAGCGUUGGUGUCGAACUGAAGUACAGUGACAUUGGAGGGGGUCUGCAGAUAAAGGGCGACGUCACAAAGAAUGGCUGUGGAAAAACUACUGGCUCUGGCGCGAUUACCUUCAUUAAAGGUAACUGGAUUAAGAUCAAGUACACUCAGGAGUUCAUUGGGAGAGUAUCGUGUUGGAAGAUAUUUGGAGGGACAGCAUAUCCUAAGUACAGAAAGCAGUUUGCUUUUUCUAUUGAUGAUGAAUGUUACUACCCGCGAAUCAACAACCUGAUGGAUCUGUCGGCUGCAGAAGGAGACAAGAUCUACGGCGAGCACCUGAUGAAUAGCGAUAACAAUUCUAAGUUUGAUGGUAGAGUUUAUCGAUGUGACAACAAGACGCAAAACUUCUGGGAGAGCAAUAACGAUAAAGGAAUGCGCGGAGCCACGGUAGAGCUGCGGCGAUCACCAGCUGGAGGUGAAGCGGGUAUAUCAACAGAAACAUCGUGUGGAACACCACGCUACAUCAUCAAGGAUAUCUAUGUGAAAUAAUUGGUUUAUCACCAAAAACGUAAAUUUACAACAAUAAAACGAUUAAAAUAUGAGACCUA